AUGAAGUUGGAAACCUGCGUAUAUUCUGGUUACAAGAUCUACCCUGGACACGGAAAACGUGUCGUACGUCCCGAUGGAAAGGUGCAAAUUUUCCUUUCCGCAAAGACAUUCCGAUCCACUAAGCUGAAGCGCAGUCCAAGAGACAUCCGCUGGACGGUCCUGUAUCGUAUCAAGCACCAGAAGGGAUCAUACGGUCAGGAAAAUGUCCAAAGGAAGAAGGUGAAGAAGACGACCCAUACCCUGAACCGUGCCGUCGCUGGAAUGUCCUUGGAGGCUAUCCUGGCUAAACGCAAUCAGACAUCUGAUUUCCGACGCCAGCAACGUGAGCAAGCAGCUAAGGCCGCAAAGGAAGCCAACAAGGCAGCUCGAGCAGCUAAGGCCGCCAUGAAUAAGGAAAAGAAGCCCCUCCCACAAAAGGUUAAGCCGCCGAAGCCAGUGAAGACCGCCGCGCCCCGAGUUGGAGGAAAACGUUAA